AUGGAGCUUCAAGCUGAUUUGCAAGGAGAUGUUGAACGUCAAGUUAACUUAACGCGAGAAAAGAGCAAGAAAAACAAAAUCCUUGAUGAAACAAUCCAAAAAAUCGACAAUGGAUUAAACCUUCCAACGAUCCAUUGUCUCAUCAGUCAAGUAGAUGAAACGAACCUCGAUGAUGUUUUAUGUGCAAUUUCUGUUCUAAUCCAUUCCGGAGCUGAUGUCGAUCAAUAUCGCAAAGGCGUUUCCGUCCUUCAACGCCUUCUUGAACUCGAAAACAAAGAAAAUUCAAAACAUCUCGAAACUGUGCUCGAAAUGAUUGUCAGCAAAAGUAAGAUAAAUUACAAAACUUACAAAGACGGAAGCUUGCUUGAUGCUCUCAAAGACUUUUCUAAACUCGCUUAUAUCAAAGUUCGUCUCCUUACCGAUUCAGAAGAUGAAUUUCUUGCCUUCAUGUCAGAUCCAAGUUAUUGUUCUCUGAUUCAACAACAUCUCUUUGUGAUAACAUGCAAAGCUGUUUCCCGUGAUUUCUUGAAAGUUGUGCGGAAAUUGUUCGAAGUGCAUUCCAAGAAGCCAUUCGAUUGUCACGAAAUGAGUGAUUUGCUGAAGAAAUCCGUUGCCUCGGGGAAUUUAUCGGUUCUCAUGUAUCUAUGGCAGAAAAUUGAGGCAAUGGAGAUGACUUUGAAUACGCCUUUUCUCAUAUCGACAGUACAGGAAGUCGUGAAUGUCGAACAAGACAAUAUGGAAAAGUUUUAUCAAUGUUUCGAUUAUGUUUUGCAAAUGAAGCAGACUGAUGUCAAUGAACGCGAUACAUCCGGUAACGUGGCAUUGUAUUACGCGUGUCAACAUGAUAACGUUUAUAUGACGGAAGAACUUCUCAAAGCUCGAACAUGGAUCGGAAACAAGAAUGAAAGGGGCGAAUUGGCGAUUAGUCGAAUUGAUGCGAGACUUUUGGAGCGAUAUCUUGACUCUUGUAUCAAAACGAGUCUCUUUAGUGCCCAAUUUCAACAAGCUUCAGGUUUGAUCUUCUUUGAUUAUUCCUGCUUUGUGCCUCCUGAAGGAGAUAAAGAUCUUGAAAGUACUUCAGAUCAACCAACGAUCGUCUUAGAAAUGGAUCCCGUAACUUUUAUAGGAGAAAAUUCAAAUUUGAGUCAUUUGAUCAGUCAUCCUCUGUUACGAGCCUUUAUUCAACUCAAAUGGCGACGAUUCAGGCCCUUCAAUAUAAUCAACCAACAAUGUUCGUUAUUCUUCUUGAUCAUUACUUGUUUGAUUUUAACGGAAAACUUCAAAAAUGAUCAAGUCAACUUUUCCGAACUAAAACAUCCCAUUCUCGCAUUUGGAGCUAUCGCAAUUUUCUUUGAGUUCAUAAGAUUGGCGAUGCUUCGACUGCAAUACUUCAAACAACGGAUCAAUAUGUUGUACAUCGUGAGCAUCAUUUUGUGCUUUUGUUACGUUUUUCAUUGUUUCUGUCUCAAACUCGAUGAUCUAACGACAAUUUUCUACAAGCAACAAUGCGAAUCUCCAAGAACAUGCUACCAAAUAACUGGAUUUUUAUCGUUGAUUUUUUCAAUUAUGUUCACCAUCUUGUUGUAUACUUUCGUGUGUCAAACUGUAGGGAUUUAUUCAGUGAUGUUGGCAAAAGUAGCUUAUAACAGUAUCAUUUGUAUUUUGUCUAAUUUUGUACUUUUUGUGGGAUUUUCUGUGGCAUUUUUUGCAAUUUUCAAUAAUUUUGGCGCGAAGAAAGGAGAAUCAAGUUCAGAAGAUGGAAAUGGAAUUAAUAAUUUCAGUACGAUUCUAAAAGCAGUGUAUAAAGUUUAUUUGAUGUUCACGGGAGAAAUGGAUGCUGCUGAUUUGAAUUAUAUGGAUACUUGGAACUAUUUGCUGCUCGCUAUAUUUAUAUUUAUUGGACCAAUUGUGGCUUUUAACUUGCUCAAUGGUUUGGCAGUAGAUGAUGUUCAUGAGAUUCGAUGCGAAGCUGAACGAAUUAGUUUGAGGAUUUUGUGUUCGUUAGUAGCGGAUUUCGAAUAUAUGCUUCAUUCGCCGUUUCUUGGGUACUAUAAUAGGUUCAUGAAUCAAGUUUUUCAAGUACCAACAAACUUAAUUUCAAUUUUCCAUCGAAAUCGCAUGCCUUUCGGAAGAAUGGCUGUCGAUCUCAUCACAUGCAAAGCCUACACAUUUCCGACGCGUUACGCAAUGUUCGAUCAACGCAACAAAAAAUUCCUCUACCAACUCGAACGAAGCAUUGUCAAAGAUGCCGAGAAAAUUGUCAUGGGAGACCUCGCAUGGCAGAAACGUCUUUCCAAAACCCACAAAUAA